AUGGCGGCGUUCUUGCUGGUGCUGGCGGCGGCGGCUCGUCAGCUCGGGCGGAGGCGCGGAAGGAGGGAGGCCGAGGGCGCGUUUGACAUUCCAGACGACGUGUUUCGGCAGCACUUUCGUCUGAGGAAGGAAACUGUGCGGUGGCUGUGCUACGAAGUGGCGGAGGAGCUCGGAGGCGUGCGAUCAACAGCGCUGACGGUGGAGCGACAAGUGUUGUGCGCGUUGCGUUUCUUCGCGACGGGCAGCUUUCAGGGGUCCGUUGGGAGCGAGGAGACGAUUGGCGUGACGCAGCCUGCGGUCAGCAAGUGCGUGCGACGCGUAGCGGAAGCAAUCGUCCACGCCGGGACCCGCAACAAGUGGGCCCACUACCCAAGGACGUCGGAGGAAAAGGCGGCCGUGAAAGAAGGGUUCCUUCGACGCGGCGGCAUUCCCGGCGUCAUCGGCUGCGUGGACGGCAGCCUUAUUGCCAUCAUCGCACCGAAGGGCGACAACAAGGCGGCAUACAUGUGCCGCAAAGGCUUCUAUGCCCUUAACAGCAUAUUCGAACUGGUCGAAGCUGCUGAGCAAGUGACUGGGCCGGCACGGGUCGAGACGGAAGCUGUCCCUGCACAGAAAGGUGCUAGUGGAGGCGAAAGCGAUGACGACGAAUCAGCAAUGCAACAGAGCGAGGCUGCCUAA